GCCACAGGGGUAACUAGAUAUUCUUCUCAGAGAGCUGAAGUUUGUGUGCCCAAAACUAGAUCGACAUGAAAAUUCACUUAGCUACGUAGUGACAAAUCGCCGCCUGUACAGUCGAUUCAGCUAGUUCAAGCAAAGUAGAGUGACUACCAUUCUUUCACUUGUACUUAGACUCCUAAUACACCUCAAACCUCAGAAUAAUACUAAAAAACGUGCCAGUGAACCCUGAGAGGGGUUAACCUCCCCCUGCUGAGAGGGCAGUGUUCUUCCGUCACCCCUGGAGCUUCUGUGAGAGGGUAAACAACCUCCCACCCACAGCCACUACCAAGGAGUGUCCAGGCACAGACGGCUGCUCCAGUCUGCUCUCCUGGAAAGGGCGUGCAUGUGAGGACCAUGGAAUGAGCUUCAGAUGUGAGCUCGAUCAGGUGGAAGUUAUAUGAACUACUUCGAGCCCAAGGUGUCUUGAAAGGAAGAAUGUCUGCCAAUUCGGACCCUGGUGUUGUGUGUGUUUAUGGCGACUCGGAGGAGAUGGGGAGACCUUCACCUGAUAACCCCCCUGUGGAGCCCCAGUACGUCCACAAGGUGGCCCUGCACCCUCCCAGCCCACCACAAACCCCUGCCACCCUCCCUCCAAAAGGGAGGAACUGCAGGAGGUUGGCAGUGACGGCCGCGGUCAGCGCCCUGCUUCUUCUCCUGGUGGCGGGGAUCCUCCUGGGCUACCACCUGUCUUCCGUGUGUUUUGGGGUGCGGUGCGAGGAUGACGUCUGUCUCCUCCACUCCCAGUGGUGUGACGGAGUGGCCGACUGCCCCGGGGGGGAGGAUGAAGCCACGUGCUUCAGGGUGUUUGGCUCUGGUUUUCUCCUUCAGAUCUACAGGUCUGAGGACCGCUCCUGGAAGCCAGUGUGCUCAGAAGGCUGGACUACGAACCUCGGGCAAACCGCUUGCCAGAGGAUCGGAUACAGUCUUGACCGAAGUAUUACGAACAGGUACACCUCAGCGCGGUCUGGACAAAUGAAGAUCAACGCGAGUAACGGAUUCCCCCAGGUGAAGACGGGGUCAAGCCCAGACACAAACAUACUGAAGCUGUUCAUCAACAGCAACAACUGUUCCAGUGGGAGUGGCGUUACUCUGCGAUGCGUCGACUGUGGGACCAGAGUGACCUCCGCGUCUAGCCGUACGGCGAAGGAGCAGCCCGCCAUUCUGGGGGCGUGGCCUUGGCACGCCCUGCUGACCAGCUCCGUCACCUGCAGCGGCACCAUCAUCAGCCCCUAUUGGAUCGUCACGGCAGCUAGCUGCGUGCAGACGGACUCCAGCCCUCAGGCCUGGAAGGUGUUUGCAGGUGUAGUAAAUACCUGGACCACUGCGUUUCAUGAUGGUUUUCAAGUCAGCCACAUUCUGGCCCACGAGGCCUUUCAAGCCAACACUGGGAGGAACAACAUUGCUCUGAUGAGGCUCACCAAACCACUCGUGAUGACAAGUAAUAUCAGGCCUGUGUGUCUGACCAAUGUCGGGCUCGACUUCAAAGCUUCCAGGCGAUGCUGGACAACAGGAUUUGGCAGCACAGAACUCAAGCAUGGCGGCUCGGAGUUCCUGAUGGAGGCGGAGGUGACGUUGUUGGACCCCGCGGCCUGCCGCGACCUCCCAGGUUCUGAUGGGGCCUCCGCCCGGGACGGGGUCUGUGCUGGAACCCCGGGGGCGGUGGAGAAGCCGUGUGAGGUUGACUUAGGUGGCCCCCUGGUGACAGAGGAGGAUUCUGUAUGGUGGCUCAUUGGGGACAGAAGCUGGGCGUACGGAUGUGUCUCGGGCAUCCCGGCAGCCUAUGGAAACGUCACCUUCUACCUACAGUGGCUCUAUGAGCAGAUGCAGAAAUAUCCAGAUGAGGAACAACACAAAGAUGAAGGUCAAUACGUCUUUGAAUUUGAAUGAAGACAAAUAUCAGAACAGCUACGGUACAAAGACAUAUGCUACUGGGAGUCAGACUAGUAUUCCGAAGGUUGCCGGAUCGAUUCCCCGCCAAGCCAAAAUGACGUUGUGUCCUUGGGAAAUUCUGGAUAAGAGCGUCUGCUAAAUGUAAAUGUAAUGUCUAAAUGCUACUGCUUUCGAAUGAUUCAGCGCUAUCCUUAUUUAUUGGUCAUGUUCUACUGCGCUUUACUACAGAACGUGUAGUUAUCUCUAAGUACUGAACAUCAGUGUAGCGCUUGUCGUUAUCUUUGGAAAUCCCAUCAUUAAGGGAGACGGAUGGACAUUUCCGGAUGUUUUCCACUGCAUGAAUCCUAAAUCUCGAGGUGAAGUACUACAUUUCAAUACUAGAUGUCACUCAAAGCACACACAUCUCACAUUUUAUAUAUUUUGUAAUGAUUGCAUAUGAAAUAUCCAUAUUAAUUGCAAGAGGAAUGUUAUGUUUAAUCAGGUUCAUAUAAUUACGUAUGUACAGAUCACAAAUUCAGCACAUAUAAACACACAAAAAUAAACCAGAUGAACAUGGCAAAGCAUUCUGUACCUGUAACAACGUUGUUUU